AGUUAAAGUACUCCGUUCAACAGAUAGGUGACAGGGCAGACCCGCUAUUUCCGCGACAUUACGAAUCCAAAAUGUCAGACAUCGAUAAAUGGAUUGAUAUUGCAAAAGAGUGCAAAUACCUGCCAGAAAAUGACCUCAAGAAAUUGUGUGACAUGGUUUGCGAUUUGCUCCUCGAAGAAUCAAAUAUCCAGCCAGUAUCAACCCCAGUAACCGUAUGCGGUGAUAUUCACGGACAGUUCUACGACCUGGAGGAGCUGUUUCGCAGCGGAGGCCCAGUACCUGAUACAAAUUACAUAUUUAUGGGAGAUUUUGUCGAUAGAGGAUAUUACAGCUUAGAAACAUUUACCCGUCUGCUAACGCUAAAGGCCAAAUGGUCGGACAGGAUAACGCUGUUACGAGGAAAUCAUGAGUCACGCCAAAUCACACAAGUUUAUGGAUUUUACGAUGAGUGUCACAACAAGUAUGGAAAUGCAAAUGCGUGGAAGUAUUGCUGUAGAGUAUUCGAUCUUCUUACAGUAGCUGCUUUAAUUGACGAACAAGUGCUUUGUGUUCAUGGUGGUUUGUCGCCAGCUAUUAGGACUCUAGAUCAAAUUAGGACAAUUGAAAGAAAUCAAGAAAUUCCACAUAAAGGUGCUUUCUGUGAUCUAGUGUGGUCCGACCCAGAAGAUGUCGAAACCUGGACAGUAAGUCCACGAGGAGCCGGAUGGCUAUUCGGACGUAAAGUUACUCAUGAGUUUAUGGCAAUAAAUGAUCUUCAACUCAUAUGUAGAGCACAUCAGCUAGUUCAUGAAGGGUAUAGAUACAUGUUCAAUGAUAAGUUGGUGACAGUUUGGUCGGCGCCAAACUAUUGUUAUCGAUGUGGCAACAUAGCCAGUAUUCUACAGUUCAAAACGGUGGACCAGAGAAAUUCGGUGUUAUUCCAGGCAGUCCCAGAUGCCGAAAGAGUGAUUCCCCCACUUACUACAACACCUUACUUUUUGUGAUCUAACUCGGCGCUCCAUCUGUCUCGAUGCAGAGGAGCGGCGUCGGGAUCUAGGCCUCACGGAGAUACAUGACUGCUCCUUUGUCAAUGAGUUGGGCUGGUAUUUUGACAGCAUGAACGAAUGUUCUUGUAGUAUAUCAUAAUUUGGGAGUUUUUUUUAUACAUCAGUUUAUCAAGAAAUUCGUAGUCUUUGUUUUCUUUUUUUUCCGUAUUAAGAUAUAUUUCCGGCACAAUGAUUGUGCCCUUCUUCAUUGUUUGAGUAAAAUUAUAUGUAAAGGAAUUUAUGACCUUGUUUUAGAAAAAAUUUUAUACGCUAGAAAUUUGUCUGUGGUAAACUAUACUGAAGAAUAUAAUGAUAUAAAAAGGUUCUGCCAUUGCAUCAGCCUGAUCUGUUUACUUAAAAGAGCUUCUGUAAAAAUCCAACAAAGACACUCUGUGGUCUAGAUGCUUUUGCUGCCUACUGUGUACAUUCUGUAGAGCAUUCGUAUCUCAGAGCAGCAAGUUGGACAUGUUUGGUCGGCUGAGAGCUUUUAAGUAACUUAUAAAUACACGAAAUGUCAUUCGUCCAGUGAUGUAAAAGGAAAUAAAAUAGAAAAUAUUAUUAUUCAAACAUUCCGACAGGAAGGAGGCUCUGGGAACAGUGAAUGCUUCUUCGACAUUACAGUUUAUUGUGUCUAGAAUUCAGGUUUCAAGAAUGCGUAAGCCAAUGUCGUAUCGUUAGGGUCUUCCCGAAGAUAUUAAUAACUUGAUUCUGUUCUAACGAGCUUCGUACCGACUAUUAUUGCUAAUGCUAAUAUUGUAUUUUUAUCUUUAAUAAUUAUACAAUAAAAACGAAACAAUAUGAUCAGGUAAAAGUAUAGCACAUGCCAUAUUACUUGAUGAUAGAAAAAGCAUUACAACAUUUUUGUACGUAACAUGGUGAUGUUUUAUCGAUAAACAAUUCUUUGCAUUUCGUAAAUUAUAUGAUGGCUUAUUGAUAUCAAUUCAUAAAUGUCUUUUAAAUGUUCAAAUUCCGUGUAACGCAAUAACUGAUACUCAU